AAUACAAACAGGAAACUGCAAAAAAGACUAAAUGUGGGUUUACUAGACUACGACAUUAUAAUUUGGUAUUGUAUGCUUUAAGAACCUCACGUCCAUUGGCUAUUAUAUUCUAUUCAGUUAAAAUUACACAAUUUGAUCUGCUAAUGCAAAAAUAUCUCAGCAAACCUAUUUUAUACAACCAACAAUAGCGGUAUCAGUAAAGUAAGGGGGCUACUGCGUUCGAAUCAAAUCCGGAUGGGCCGUGUCGGUAUCCAUGAAACAGCUUUACAGUACAGAUGUGCAGUGAUUUCAUCUCAUGGUCAAACCCGUCUUUGUGCUCCUCUCUCUUCCCUGCUACCCAUCGGAGGACCUGACGUCACACAAACCCUCUUUUCUGCAGGCGGAUUAAAGAUGGCGCCCUCGCACGUACUAAGAUGCUGUCAGCGGGGCUUAUCCUGGAUACCUGUUAUUUUCAUAAACCUAGUCGUUUGCUGGUCUUAUUAUGCUUAUGUCAUGGAGCUCUGCAUAUAUACAAUCCCCAACGCGGAAGAACAAGUCAUAUAUCUGGUGGUCUUUCAUCUCUCCUUUGUCAUGUUUAUGUGGUCCUACUGGAAGACCAUCGUCUCCAGGCCAACCAACCCCUCCAAAGAGUUCUGUCUUCCUAAGGCAGAGAAGGAGCAGUAUGAGAAGGAGGAGCAGGCGGAGGUGCAGCAUGAAAUCCUCAAGAAAGUAUCCAAAGGCCUGCCUAUAUACACACGGACUGGAGGAGGAGCCAUGCGCUACUGCGACCACUGUCAGGUGAUCAAACCAGACCGCUGCCACCACUGCUCCACCUGUGACCAGUGUGUGCUGAAGAUGGAUCAUCAUUGCCCAUGGGUAAAUAACUGUGUGGGCUUCUCCAACUACAAGUUCUUCGUUCUGUUCCUGGGCUACUCCAUGAUCUACUGCCUGUUCAUCGCUAGCACAGUGCUGCAGUACUUUAUCAAGUUCUGGACAUGCUUUCUGACCCGGGACAUUCCCCAUCUGCAGGCUAAGCUUUGCCGACGGAGAGCUGCAGAAAACUGUCCUCAGAAUCAGCUGCCGGACACUCAUGCUAAGUUCCACGUUCUGUUCCUGUUCUUCGUGGCCACCAUGUUCUUCAUCAGCAUCCUGUCUCUGUUCACCUACCACCUCUGGCUGGUGGUGAAGAACCGCACCACCAUAGAGGCGUUCAGGGCUCCUGUUUUCAGGAACGGCGCUGAUAAGAACGGCUUCACGCUGGGCUUCAGGAAGAACGUGGCCGAGGUGUUUGGAGACCAGAAGAGAUACUGGGUCCUGCCCAUCUACACCAGUUUGGGAGACGGUCACACGUUCCCCACUCGACUGGUGAACAUAGACCCAGAGCAACUGAUUGGGGAACAGCACAACUCCAAAUGUGCUUUAGAUGGAGAGGCCAUCAGCCAUCUCAGCGAGGGCCAGGCGGGCAGUGCCAAGGAUGGAGGACCCACAGUAACCGUCACUGUGGAGAAUGAGUCCUAGUCAGGGAUGGACUAGUGUGAUGAACAGAGCCACACACUCUGUUUGGUGGUUGAGACCUGGAAAGGACAGAAGCUAUCUUUAUACACACACACACAGACACUCUCUUACACACACACAGACACACUCUCUCUCACACACACACACACACACA